AUGGGUAAGGUAGAGGUAGAUCAGGUCAUACACCAUUUCAGCCACCAACACCCUCUGAGCCUCUCCAACCUCCCACAACAGACCCCAAACACACAACCAUCAUGCUCAGGUUGCACCCUCAAAGCCUCUGGAUGGAUGUACACCUGCAAAACCUGCAACUAUUCCCUCCACAUCUCAUGCUCUAAAAUGCCACCAAUGAUCAACCAUCCAUCACAUGUGGCCCACCCACUAACCCUCUUCUCAUCUCCCAUCUACCCCGAAGGUGUGUUCACAUGCAACGCGUGCGGGAAACAAGGUGCCGGCUUUUGCUACCAUUGCAAGGUGUGCGAGCUCGAUAUCCACAUCCUUUGUGCAGCAAUGAAGCUAUCAGUUACCCAUGAGGCCCACCAUCACACCCUCAACCUUGAAUUCUCCCCUCCCUACCACAACAAAAGCUUCAGUUGCGACAUAUGCAAGCGAACUGGCUCAAACCAUUGGCUAUAUCGGUGCAACAUAUGUGAGUUUGAUGCCCACAUGAGUUGUGGCGUGGCAAAGUCCAAAUCAGGAGGCUGCACUCAAUUUCAACAGCAGCAGCAGCAACAACAACAAUUACAAGUUGGAUUCUCUAAUGGGUCUCGAAGUAUUAAUCAAGUGAAUCAUUAUGUUCAACAACAACCACUACAACUACAACAACAGCAACAACAACAAUUACAAUUUGGAUCCUCUAAUGGGUCUGGAAGUAUUAGUCAAGUGAAUCAUUAUGUUCAACAACAACCACUACAACAACUGCUACAACAACAACUGUUACUACAGCAACUGCUACAACAACACCAACAACUACAGCUUCCAUAUGUGCCACCCCAAUUUCCAGUUCCUGAAACUGGAUUCACAACUGGGUCUCAAUAUAUCAACCAACCAAGCCAUUGCGUGAGUGGACCGAGAUUUGGCGCCACUGGUCAUGUUCAACCUUCAGGGAGUACCGGAUUGGCCAGCAAUCUGAUGCAGCAUGCGAUUCAGGGAUUUGUGGAUGGAUUAAGUCAGCAGGGAGGGCAGAGUAAUAUGAUGCAAGGUCUGUUGGGAGAUCCUUCUUCUUCUUCUGGUCUGGAUAUUGGGUCAACCAUUCUAAGCAGUGUCAUUGGUUUCAAUAACUAGGAUUGAUAUGUUGUGUGUCAUUGGUUUCAAUAACUAGGAUUGAUAUGUUUUGUUUGCACUUUUCCUUUCUCUUUUAAGCAAUGCAGCUGUAAUUUUAGCUUGCCAUGUGUCUGGUUUUCUUAAAUGUAUAUUUUCAAGAGAUGUGUUAAUCCAUUGUAGCUAGAUUAUCUCAACUGUAUCUAGGAUGGUUUUUGUUGCCCAUAAUGUUGUUCAUCAUCACCACCUUGUUUUUCUUCAUCUUGUCGUCAUUGUUAAAAUGUAUGCUUAUUAGUUCAA